AUGGCCGGCCGUCGCGGAGACGAACUAUUUCUCGAUACCGAAAAUGUCGGUCCUAUCAGAAUGAACAGGCCGCCGCGACGAGACUCCGUAGAUGGCGCCAGUUUGGCAGCCCAGGAGCGGACUUUACGGCAGGAACCGCCGCUGCCUCGCAUGAGGCGGACUCAGACGCAGCCUUUGGACAACUCACUGCCCUAUCCUGAUAGACCAGCUGCAGAAAGGGAGCAGCAGCAUAUUCAACCUAUUGCCCCGCUUCGCACAGCGUCGGCUUCACCUCCUGCAGCCCUGCAGGUGGGGCCACCGAAGGGAAGCUUACCAGCCCCACCAGCUUUUAGAGCUGCUAGAGCACCAAAAUUACAACCUGCUCCCGCAGGCCGUGCUGACCGCGGGGACAAACCAACUUCGCCAGUCCUAAGUUCCGGGCCUCCAGAGAUUCCUCAAGCCCUGAACCCUUAUCCGGAAUACCAUCAACAGUACUGGCCGCCGCAGGCUGGUUUAGAUAGAUCCUUUUCGACUGCUUCUAAUAUUACUGUAGCAGCGAGAAGAGGAUCCCCGGCCCCGCCAGAAACACCAGAAAUUGAGCCAAGCGAAGUUUUCUCGUACCCGACUCAUGGCGGUGGUAGACAAGGUCCAUUGCCGGAUAGGGGAUCACCAGCGCUCCACUAUUCCACUUCCCAGGCCUCCACAAAUUCCGGGGCUAUCCCGAUUUUGCUCGAUCCAACAUCGCCCAGCCUUAGCCAGACGUCACAUACCACGAACCAGCGGAAAGGUACCUCCCGGGCCUCCCAGAUCUUCGGCACCCAAGGAAUUACUAUCGAGGAAGACGAAGAAGCCACUCCUGUGCGAGAGUCAGCACCAAACCGACCAUGGACACCAACAGAAUCUAAUGGUGCUUAUAACCAUGGCCCGUUAACUUCGUACCGGGGAGCCGAGAGGCAAGAGCAACCCCAACAAAGGCCGCCCCAGCAGCCUUCGCCAGCUCCCAGUGCCCAGGUUAACGGACGCCGUGACCCAUUAGAGGCCGAUUUCGCAAAGUUGAACGUUGGAGAAGAUGCACCACCAGCAUACGAUAGUUUGGCGGCGGCAGGGCAAGCACCUGCCACCAGUGCGUAUCCCGCUGACAAGCCCGGCGCUGUAGCUGUCGAAACAGCAGCAGUUCAACCACAGCAGCAGCAGCAGCAACCACAACCACAACAGCAGCCGCAGCACCAGAUCCAACCUCCAGUCCAACAGCAGACCCCGGUCCAACAGCCGCCGCAAUCGAUGACCCCACAACCACAAGGUAUGCAAAUGCCCCAACUGCAAGGUGGCAUUCCUGGUCAACCGGGUUUCCCUCAGCAACAGAUGCCAAAUGGACAGAUGCCGAAUGGACAUUUGCUCCAGCAGCAACAAGGAGCCCAAAUUCAAGCUGGCCCGUCCCAACCACAGCAGGGCUACCAACUUGUUGAUCAGAAGUCAGAGACCAUCACCACCCAAUAUGUGACCCUUCCAGACACCAAGCAUUACAUGGAUCCAGGUCCGGCUUCUCCCCCCCCUCUUCCAGAUGGGUGGAUGAGCCAUCUCGACCAGGCCUCCGGGCAAUAUUAUUAUAUCCAUAUUCCGACUCAGCGAACACAAUGGGAAUUUCCGGCGCCGGAGACUGGAAUCAGUUUGAUGAGUGGAGGGCCAGUUUCUCCAGGUUUUGGUCCUAUGUCGCCUGGUGUUAUGUCUCCCGGUCUCUUCUCUGAGGCCAUGAUGAGCCCUGCGCCCUCCACCUUUGGCAUGCAAAUGUCACUCCCACCGGCAACUCCAGCCCAAGUUCCUAUCAAUAUUCCCGGUGUUUCAAUGUUCAAAGUUGCGCCAAGCAAUGGUGUAUACUUCGGCCCUCAUCUAAGAUACACAAACAUGGACCUUGAACAGGGAAUUUGGCUGGGCUCUAUCCUGCUUGUUACAGCCGUCGAUCCACCCACAAUUCACUUGCAUCAGACGAUUGAUUUAUCGCCCAACCCAAGGCAACUAGAAGGGCACCCGAUUUUCGCGCAUAAGAAUUGGACAUUCUAUCGAUAUGAUAUUGAUAUUAGAAUGGCCGAAACUCCCACCAAAUGGACAUACGCUGUUACAUCUCUCGCUGGGUGCACUAGAUACGAGUUUUUGGUCGCAGCUAAGCAAGAUCGGAGCUGGAGAUUCAUUGCUCACAGUUGUAAUGACUUCUCGCCCUCUUACCCACAGCAGGAGAGGUCAAAACUCGGCGGUUCCGGCUACAUGUGGAAAGAUGUUAUGCAAAAGCAUAUUGAAGUUGGAGGUUUCCAUUGCCAGAUCGGUGCCGGUAACCAGGUUUACGCUGAUAGGAUGUGGAAAGAAAUACCACUCCUUAAGGACUGGCUUGAUUUGAAGGGUAAAGAUGUAAGGAAAGACGCCGCAUGGACAGCGAGACACGAGGAGGAUGUCCAACAUGCCUAUUUCCAUUACUAUACUUCCACAUUCGAUCAGCCCCAUAUCCGUGAGGCUUGGGCACAAAUCCCACAUAUUUGUCAAAUCGAUUCGCAUGAUAUUUUCGACGGAUUUGGUUCCUAUCCGGAAUACAUGCAAUUUUCCAACAUGUUCAAAAACAUCGGCAGAAUAGCUCUCGAUUGGUACCUCCUGUUCCAGCACCACACCACCUUAAGCAUCUUGAAAGCAGUUCCAGAUGAUAGAGAUCUGUUCAGUGUUACUGGGACUGGUUGGCAUUUUAUCAAGUAUCUCGGACCCGGCUUGGCAGUUGUUGGCCCAGAUACCAGAUCCGAACGAAACCCACACCAGGUCAUGGCUGGACCUACCUAUCAGGGGCUCUUCCCGAGAAUAGCGACCCUACCAUCCUCAGUACAACAUGUGCUAUUGAUCCUUUCGGUGCCAAUUAUCUUCCCCAGGAUGGAAAUUGCGGAAUCGGUAGCUACGACUAUGCAAACUGGUAAGAAGGCCGUAAAUGGACUUUUCAAUAUGACGGGCAAAGUUGCCGGUGGUGUUGCCGGGAUUGUCGGGGCGAAGGGCCUUGUUGGAGAAGGCUUCAACAGUGUCAAGAGAGCAGUCGGAAAGACUGGCAUGUUGAGCAAUGUCGUCUCGAUAUUUGGAGAAGUCGAUUUGCUUGAUGAUCUCAGAGAUCACUGGACACAUCAAUCCAAGGAUCUUGAACGAACUUAUCUUAUCAGGACAUUACAAGGAAUUGCACAUGCCCGUGGUAUCCGAUUCACAUUUUUAAGUGGAGAUGUCCAAUGUUGUGGUGCAGGUCUUGUGCACGAUCCGUCAAAACCAGGCGAUCAUAAGACCAUGUAUCAGAUUAUUUCAUCUGCCAUCGUCAACGGCCCACCAUCUAAUAUGAUGAUGAAGCUCCUCAAUAAUAACAAGCAACUAUUCAUUCCACAAAACGGAAUGAGGAGCACAAAUACCCCAAGCGAUACCAAAGAGGAUAUGAUUGAGCUCUUUGGCACGGAUAUCAACGGCACUCCGCGUGCUGAGAAGAAGCUCAUGGCCAGAAGAAAUUACACCAUCUUCGCCGCUUAUGAGACAAACCAAGUCGAAUAUAUGCAACCCACCCCGGAGAAGUACGUUCCACCAUUGAGUCUAGCGGUUGAUUUCAUCAUCCAAGGUGAUGGAGUUUAUUCAACAACUAGCAAAUACGGACCAAUCGUUAUUCCCAGAUGCGAAUAUGGGUAUUAA